AUGGGAAAUCCUGAAGUAAAGAUCCGUGAUGUAUGGGCAAACAAUUUGGAGGAGGAAUUUGCCUGCAUUCGGGAAUUGAUAGUCGAUUACCCAUUUGUAGCGAUGGAUACUGAGUUUCCUGGAGUUGUUGCCACUCCUUUAGGGCAGUUCAAAAGUAAAGAAGAUUUCAAUUACCAACAGGUUUCCUGCAAUGUAAAUAUGCUAAAACUCAUCCAAGUGGGGUUUACCAUUUUGAAUAAGGAGGGUCAGCUGCCACCAACUGGUGAUGUUUGGCAGUUUAACUUCCAGUUCUCGCUGAAUGACGACAUGUAUUCUGAAGAUAGCGUUGACCUCUUGACAAAAGCUGGAAUUGAUUUUAAUAGACAUGUUGUAGAAGGGAUAAAAAUGGCCGAUUUUGGUGAGUUGUUGACCACCUCAGGAUUAAUUGUUGAUGACCAUAUAACUUGGAUAACAUUCCACAGCGGAUACGAUUUUGGUUACUUAAUGCGCACAAUUAUGUUACAAGAACUACCUAAGGAAGAAUCUCAGUUUUUUCAAUACCAUAAAACGCUCUUCCCCAGAAGUUAUGACAUCAAAAUGCUCAUGAAGCAACCAGGACCGAUGAAUGCUAAGCUGAAAGGCGGUCUGCAGGAGGUCGCUGAUCAGUUACAAGUUGUUCGGUAUGGACAAAAGCACCAAGCUGGAUCGGAUUCGUUAUUGACCGCUCAGACUUUUUUUAGAAUUAAAGAACGAUUUUUCAAAGGCAAUUGGGAUCAGGUAGCCGCAAACGUUGAGGGACAUUUAUAUGGUCUUGGUAACACACUCUCAUCCUCUCCAUUCAUCCAAAACAUGGACGUCCAUCCUGCCGAAUUGCCAAAUCAGCCUUCUCCUGAUACCUCAUUCAACGAACAGUGA